GCUCAGUCUUGGGCUUCAGGCUCCCAACACGACAGCAAUUUUUGCGAAGAACCCCCCGCCCUCUCCCAGCGAUGCUCGCCUCAGGCGAGCAGAGCGAGGAUGAGUCCGCGGAGCUGGAGCGCACCCUUGCCACGCUGGGGCGGGAGCUGCUGGCGCUAGGGCGGCAGCAGCAGAUGAUGCAGGACGCUCUGGAGGUGCACCGCCGCGCCAUGCAGGCGAUGCUGCGGCCUUGCGGCGAGAAUGGGCCGCGGCCCUCCGUGAUCUCGCCGGAGGGCACCUCGCCCAGCCUGCGGAUCAGCUACGACUUCGACGCGCAGGACUUGGACGAGCUUAAGGCCUCCCGGGCCUCCGGCCGGUUUUCGCCGCUGGGCACCCCCACCGCGCAGCCGGUGGCGGGGCCUCCGGCGGAUUCUCCGGCCGAGGGGUCCCUGGAGAAGAUGACGUCCAAUCCGGCUGCGGACCCCGCGACGCAGGAAGCGAAAACUGCUGAGGCGGACGACAACCGCAGGGGCUUCGAAAGCCGCAGCACCUCGCGCAUGAGGACCUUGAUGCGGGAGGACUCGACGAGCGUGGCCAAAGGGCUGAAGCUGGCCCAGGAAAGACGAAACUGGUUCGACACCAUGAUCGGGGUCCUCGUCCUUCUGAACGCCUUCGUGAUGGUCUUGGACUUGGAGAGCCAGGGCAACGGCGCCGGCUUUCGGAGCGGGAUCAUCGAGGAGGAUGUGUGGAGCGGCUUCUCGCAGGUGGUGCAGGUGUUGGAGCACUUCUUUGCGGUAGCCUUCAUCCUGGAGCUCAUUUAUCGGGUGGCCACGGAAAGGUUCAAGUACUUCAAGGAGGCCAUGAACGUGUUCGACAGCGUUCUAGUCAUGCUGGCAUGCGUCGACCUCUACAUCCUGACUCCUUUGCUGACCACGUCGCUGAACAACACCACCACCCUGCGCCUACUGCGGACCAUCAAGCUGGUUCGGGCCAUCCGCAUCGUGCGCGCGCUGCGGCUCUUCCGAGGCCUACGGCUGCUGAUCAAGGCUUGCAGCUCCUUCCUGCCGUCCCUCUGCUGGUCCAUGGCUUUGUUGGGGCUGUUCAUGAUGAUGGGCGGCCUCUUUAUGGGCAACCUGUUACAGGACUACAUCCUGGACGAGGAUAUCGUCUUUGACAAACGGCAGUGGAUGUGGCUGCACUACGGCACCGCCUACCGGGCCAUGUACACCAUGUUUGAAAUGACCUUCGCCGGUAACUGGCCAGUGUAUGCCAGACCUGUGUUGGAAAAUGCCGGGCACGGGUAUGUGGUGUUCUAUUUCCUGUACAUCACUUUCGUGGUAUUUGCAGUGAUCCGUGUCAUCAGCGCGAUCUUCCUCCGCGAGACGUUGGAAGCGGCCAACAAUGACGCGGAGAUGAUGGUGCAGGAGCGCCUGCGGAAGAAGACCACCUACGUCCACAAGCUCGAAGGCAUCUUCCAAGCCUGCGACGAGAGCGGGGACGGGGUUUUGUCCGAGGAGGAGCUGACGGAGCUGAUGCGGGAUCCCCGGGUGCAAGUCUACUUGGAGAGUCUGGAGAUCGACGUGCAGGAGAGCACCGCCCUGUUCCACCUGCUCCAGAACGGCGAUGGCGUGAUCUCAUGCGACGAUUUCAUCGAGGGCAUUCUGCGGUGUAAGGGCCCGGCACGGGCCAUUGAUCAGAUCUUGCUGACCAACGACAUCAAGAAGCUUGGGGACAGCGUGCUGGAGCUCACCACCUCCCUAGAGAAGGCGGGCAUCAUUGCCACCGGCAAAUCGAAGAACAAGUACCGGCGCAACAUCGAGGAUGAGCUGGCGCUCAUGCCGACCAUGGGGAUGACGCUCUCUGGGCGCUACGUCUUCGGCUGACGGAUGGCGGCCUGCGAAGCAGAGCUCCGGCUCCGGCUUCGUUGAGCCCGAGCUGCGCCGGAGGCCUUGCGGCUGAGCCAAUGUGGCUGGCUCGUUGUUUGAGGGCUCGACCAAAAUUUGAGAGUCUUCGGUGAUUUGGUCGGUUUCCCAGUAAAAAUCC